GGGCCGGACCAUGCGGUGGCCGCGGAGCCCUCGGAGGCCCUGGCGGCUUCCCCGGCGCUCGCUGCUGGCCGCCCUUUUCUUCUUCUCGCUCUCCUCCUCCUUCCUCUACUUCGUCUAUGUGGCGCCCGGCAUCGUGAACACCUACCUCUUCAUGAUGCAAGCCCAAGGCAUCAUGAUUCGUGAAAACAUGAGAACGAUAGGAGCACAGGUUUAUGAGCAGGUGGUCCGCAGUGCCUAUGCCAAGAGGAACAUCAGUGGGAAUGAUUCAGAUUAUGCUGUUGAUUUGAACCACAAUGAAACCUUUCUGCAAACUACAACUUUUCUUCCUGAGGAUUUUACUUACUUUCCAAACCAUACCUGCCCUGAAAGACUCCCUUCUAUGAAGGGCCCCACAGAUAUAAAUAUGAGUGAAAUCAGCAUGGAGGAGAUCCACCAGUUCUUCUCUCAAGAUCCCACUAUCAAAUUAGGAGGCCACUGGAAACCUAAAGACUGCGUGCCUCGGUGGAAGGUGGCAAUCCUCAUUCCAUUCCGCAACCGUUAUGAGCAUCUUCCAGUCCUCUUUAGACAUCUCAUUCCAAUGCUGCAACGCCAACGUUUACAGUUUGCGUUUUAUGUGAUUGAGCAAGCUGGUAACCAGCCCUUCAACCGUGCCAUGCUCUUCAAUGUUGGCUUUCGGGAAGCAAUGAAGGACUUCCACUGGGAUUGUGUGAUCUUUCAUGAUGUGGACCAUAUACCUGAAAGCGACCGUAACUACUAUGGCUGUGGGCAGAUGCCAAGACACUUUGCAGCAAAGCUGGAUAAAUACAUGUACCUCCUCCCUUACAAUGAGUUCUUUGGAGGAGUGAGCGGCCUAACAGUGGAACAGUUUAAAAAAAUCAAUGGCUUUCCUAACGCCUUCUGGGGCUGGGGCGGGGAGGACGAUGACCUUUGGAACAGGGUCCAUUAUGCAGGCUACUUGGUAACUCGGCCAGAAGGAGACACUGGGAAAUAUAAGUCAAUUCCACAUCAUCAUAGAGGCGAAGUACAGUUCUUAGGAAGGUAUGCACUGCUGAGGAAGUCCAAAGAGAGGCAAGGAUUGGAUGGCCUCAACAACUUGAACUAUUAUCCAAAUAUUACGUACGACGCCUUGUAUAAAAACAUAACUGUCAACCUGAUGCCGGAGCUGGCUCUGGUGACUGAGUACUAAGAGAAGAACAAAACAUGUUGCUAUCUUGUUUUGUAGGGUUCUCCUGGACAAGAAAAGUCUUAUGUCUAAUGAAGGAUCACAGUAUUUUGAAGAAUAAUACUGAAAGCACGCACACAGAUGGUCUGUGACUAUAGCCCUCCUCAAACUGGUGUUGUGCAGUGAGCUCGGACU